AUGCCCAUGGUAUCAGCAGAAUCUCCAAGAUUCUCAUUCCCAUCUUCUGGUGAUGACCAUUUAUCCAAAACGGACUACUUUGAGCCUCCCACCUCUGCUACCACAUCAACCGCGGUUACCGGUCUCAAUGCCGACUCGAAGAAGAGGCCACUACAACAUCCACAGCUCCAGCCGCCCAGAUCGCACCAGAAGAAUCAGGACUCACUGAGUUCUGUCAAUACAGAAUAUACAUUGGUUGAUGACACGCCUCACAAACACUCGAUAAGAACGAACUCGGUGUGUAGUAAUGACACACUUUUUGAGCGGGCUCCACCACCAGCGUUUGCCAAAUCGCAUCGUCCUAGCAAAAGCGAGGUGACGAAGUCACCAACCCUUCCACCUUCACAGCAGCAUCACCACCAGCGCCAUCAUCAUCAAAAUAGUGAUCAGCAUCCACAGCGGAUCGCCCAGCCCAUAUAUCCAAUCUCUGCUAUUGACUCGCACUUCCCACCACCCAAGAUACUUGUGCAGUCUCCUUUAGCAAAGAAUCAGUCGCAAUCAUCCUGUUGUGGUCUUUCACCUACUUGCGAGGGUUUUUCACCACUUGUGAGAAAGCACUCAACUCAAACGGAUGCCCUUCAGUUCAGGUGUGCGCCUAGAUUCAAGGACUCAGCCUACGAUAUCCCAGUUGAAUGCAGCUUCCUGGAUGCAGGUGAGAUUUUCCCGCUUAUUCGCUCGAGUUUGGAGGAAGUGUCUGACGAUGGUCUGCCAAACGUGCUACUGGUUGAUGUGAGACCAUUCCCAGACUAUUGCAAAUCUCACAUCGAAGGUGCCGUCAACGUUUGCCUGCCUUCGACGCUCUUGAAAAGACCUGCUUUUAGCCUUGAAAGGUGCAUUGCUACCUUGACUUCAGAAGAAAAGUUGGUUUUUACCAGAUUUCUGGAACGCGGAGAGUCAUCAAAGCUUCCAACGCUGAUUCUCUAUGAUUCAUCCACCGCUACACGCUCUGCAGCAUCACUUUCUGUAAGCAAAUUGGCCUCGAAGUUUGUCUCCUCUGAUUCAUGGGAUUCGGAGAUAGUCGUUCUUAAGGGUGGAUUUCGUGAAUUUCAGAGAGAGUAUCCCAACCUUCUUGGCUCUGGUUCACCUUCGCUGUUCUCCAAGAUUGGAAUGUCCGUUGAAACCGCAAUGGACCAUCUCAGUGUUGACGAAAGCAGUGAGGAAGACCCAUCAAUAACGCCAAAAACUCCAAAGCGCUCGACUCUCUCUGCGAUCGACCAACUUCCUCCACAACGCAUUCAGUACCGCAAGUCGAUAUCCUCUUCGGAGAUACAUACUUUGGCUCCAAUUCGCAUUCCUUGUCUGUCGCGUUUCGUCCUUCCUGAUCCCAGUGAAUCGCCUUUAUUCAAGUCCCGCCACAACGAGGAGCUUCUCACCGCGAGGCCAGAUGCAUCACAUGUCUUGGCCUCUGAAUCCACAGAAGAACAGCUCCCUCCGUGGUUGGAGUCCAUUAUUGGCGAUGACAGAGGAGCGGCUAGUUUGGCUCAAAAGUUUCACAAUUUGCAACUUCAAGAGCGCGAGCGGCUUACGCAAGUUCUUUCUCGCACAACUGCUGCAGAUAAUCCUGGAGACUCUGCCGUGCCAUAUAUCUCAUCUGGUAUUGAGCUGGGUAGAAAAAACAGAUACAAGGAUAUCAUUCCUUACGAGCACAGCCGUGUGAAGUUAUUCCCUAACAUUCCUGGCAACGGCGUGACGGGUGAAUCCACAAGCGAUACGGACUACAUCAAUGCUUCGUAUUUGUCUGCUCCUGGGUCUGAUAACAAGUACAUUGCUACGCAAGGCCCCUUGGCAGAGACUAUCGGCGAUUUCUGGCGCGUUGUGGUAAACCACAAUACCUCACUUGUUUUGUCUCUCACUCCACAAAAGGAAAAUGAGGUUGAGAAGUGUGCUCCAUUUUGGGUUCCGGGUCUUUACAAAUCUGAUGGCUUCGAUGUUCAGGUUUCUGAGCUUGAACAGACAAGCGAUUUGAGACUUCAUCCCGAAAGCGACUCUUCUGUUGUUUUCAGACGGUUGUUGAUUCACAUUGACGGGUUGGCAGUGGCUCACGAGGUUCUCCAAGUGCAUGUUCUUUCAUGGCCAGACUACGGUGCUAAAAUUAACACCAAAGAUCUUCUGUCAAUUGUGGCUCUGAAACGUUUUGUUUCAGAACAUGCCAACAACUCUCCCGUUGUGGUUCACUGUUCAGCUGGUUGUGGUCGCACUGGAGUUCUGUGUGCAAUCGACACUGCAGUGGACAUUUUACUCUCUGCUCAUGAAGAGGCCUCGGGUUUUGAUCCUGUUUUUGACACUGUGAUGGCUUUCCGCAACCAGCGUAUCUCUAUGGUUCAAAACUUGCGCCAAUACAUGCUGAUUUAUGACGCGAUUAUCCUCUUUUUCCGCAUGCAUUGCGACCUUCAGCAGGAGCUUACUGAAGUUUUCAGUUGGGGGAGUGAUACUAAUGCGAUCAUUAAGCAUUUUGUCGCUGAUUUGGACCGCCAGGACUAA